AUGGAAACUCCAGAUGCAAACGGAUUUGUAAACGUCUUAUGGCCUAGCAAAAGUGUUCCACAUGGAGGUAUUUUUCAUACUAGAGUUGUGGAACCAUCACGAGCUCAACAAAAUUUUUUAAAAGUGUUGCUUGAGGAAUCAAGGUUAAGUAUUGCUCAACGUAAAAAGUCAGAGCUCGGCCUUCGCCAGUAUGAGAAAAAAGAAGACCAUCAAUCACAAGUGGACAUUCCUAUGGUACGGCCACGAACCUCACGACGCCGAUCCCUGUCAGCUAUACGGGAAUCUGGAAUUUUGGACGCAGUAUACUAUCGUCCCUUAAAGCGAGGGGAAGACCGCGAAAAACUAAAGGAUCGACUUGCGAAUGUCAUGGCAUAUGGAGAGCAAGAGCAGAAACCUCCGCCGGCCCCGCACCGUGCGAAGUCACCUCCAAAACUGCCUACAAAAAAGGAAAAAUGGCAUGACUUAAUGACGCAAAUAAGGGAACGAGCUGAGUGGUUAGCAGAAAUGGAGGAUUUGGGUCAUGGGGCACCACAUCGUGAACUUAUCCAAGACCAGAUAGCUGAAAGGCUCCGAGCCCUAGAUGCACUUGGCUUGGAUGAACCUGCCUCUGCAAGGUCUAAAGGCUCCGGGUUUAGUGUGCUUCCAAGUGUGAGAUCCAUAGAUAGUGGUAGAAAAGAAACUGCAAGGGAAAGCGCUGGAUCAAAGCAUAGUUCUGUGAGAUCGAAGCAAUCAACAAAAAGUCUUGCUAAAAAACCAUCUAAAAAAGAAGAGAAUGUCUUGUGCUAUCAAAAGCUACCUACACUACAAUAUUCACCAAGACGAAGGGUAUAA